UUGAAGAGUGGAAGCGCGUGCGCGCCUGGUGGUUCACGCUCGUCUCUCGGUGUGGUUCGUAUUCUCCUUCUAACGCAGCACUUUCCUCUUCGCGGCGUAUAUCCAACCACCCCCGAAUCCCGUUUUCCAAUCCUCGCAACCCCUCGAAACGCAUUGUUUCUCGCGAAUGUUUUUCUCUGCUCCGUAAACUACACUUUUCGAGAAACGAAAACGCGCCGCGUCGUGUGACGAUUUCUCUCAUCGAGGGUGUCGCGCGAUAUAUAGAUUCCACGUUUUGUUCUCGGGGGAGGUGCGGGGCUCAGGUGAAAGUUAUUGAUUUCCAUCGCGGAACAGAGACGGUGGUAUUCCGAGCGCGUUCGUUAGAGCACAUUCGUGGGAGCGCACCUGCUUGCGGCAAAGAGAAGCUCUUGAAUCCGUUUGAUCUCAAACGCACAAGCCAAGAUGAAGAUCGGAUUGUUGAAGAAUUUCAUGUACUAUUUCAACCUGAGGCAGGGAACUAUACUAAUAGCUAUAUUCCAAUUGUUCUCAUCGGGAUUAAGUAUGAUAUUUUUUAUUAUGGCGCUUAUACACGGAAUGAGAAAUCUGGAAAAGGUGGUGAAGGACACCGAAGACGCUCUCGAGAGGGAGGCUUUGGAAGAGAUAUCGAAUCACUUUCAUGCAAACGCCAAGAUAAUGGACAUGGCGCAUCACAACGCAACCGAGAUGGUAUACGCGAUGUAUUGCGGCCUCGUCAUCACGGUUAUCCACUUCAUCUCCACCAUGUUACUUCUUUACGGAGCUCUAACGAAUAAUCGUCACUUUAUGGCACCUUGGAUGAUGGUCAAGAUUACUAUUAUAGCGGCCCUGGCGAUCUCCUUGUUCCUAGUAGAAGAAGACUGUCCUUUCCUCGCUAUUUUAGGUGGAAGAGCGGGCAUUUGCGAACGUUUGAUCGCCUUCUUUUUAAUAAUCACGAGCUUUUACAUUUGGUUCGUGGUGUACAGUACUUAUAAGAGUCUCGAGACGAAGAAAGGACUCAUGCAUGAGAUGCACAGUGUAAAAAAAAAGUACGCGGUAUCGGUGCCGCUGGAGGUGCCAAAGGAAAUUCAGAUCUCGGCGAACAAAGCUUACGAACUUUAAAAAUAUUGUGAAAAUAAUAACAAAAGAUAGCAAAAAAAAGCGGGGGAAAAUAAUCUGCUCGUUUAAUGAGGGGUCAGGAUAAGAGAGAGAUUUUACAUGUAAAAACGCUAAAGUUUUUUUUAAAUAAAAUCUCGCCCCUCAUCGCGCACAGAUAAAAUCUUGAGAACGAGAGAUUCGCGCGCUUUCGAAACGAGUCUCUCUGGACUCGAAAAAAAAAAAAAAACCAAAGAGAGCAUCACACAAAAACUAACACGUGCAAUAAAAAAUAAUAUAUAUUCGUUGUUUCGAAAAAGAAAAAAAUCAAAAAGCAAACGGAAACUUUCAUAUACCCGGACAGUACGUGAAGAUAGAAACGUGAAGAAGAUCUUAUUUUACAAAGAAUUCUAGGGGAGAGAUAAACUCAAGAAGCAAAGUUACAAGAAAGCAAAGUUCUCACGAGGUUGAACAUGUUUUUCUAUCGUCCCAUAUCUGUUUUUUAAAAGUUGCGCUCCUCCCUUUAGUCCUGCGUUUUACGAAACGCAGCCUAAAAUCCGACGUAUAUAGAUAAUCUUUGUUAUAUUUUACGUCACUGAUAAAAAAAAAAAAAAAAA